GUGUUUUGUUGGGCUUGACAGCGCUCUAAAUCGUAACGCGCAAUGCCACUCUUUGUUAAGUAAAGUGGUGAGAAAUCUUGGUCCUAAAUAAGAUAUAUGUUAUUAAAUGGUCAUUACCACCACAACUACUGAUAAUUGUUAUUGCAAGUUAAAGUAACUGCUGAUAGUUUGCGGCACGACUACUUAUUUCGCAGUUAGCUAACGCUAGCGUGUUAGCUGCUCGCACAACAGCUGCAGUUCGAGAGGAUGUCGCUUCACGGAAAAAGAAAAGAAAUCUACAAAUACGAGGCGCCAUGGACUGUGUAUGCGAUGAACUGGAGCGUCCGUCCAGACAAACGCUUUCGGUUGGCACUUGGGAGCUUUGUGGAGGAAUACAACAACAAGGUUCAGCUGGUGGGUCUCGAAGAGGAGAGUUCAGAGUUCGUCUGCAGGAACACGUUUGACCAUCCUUACCCCACCACCAAGAUCAUGUGGAUCCCAGACAGCAAGGGGGUGUACCCAGACCUGCUGGCCACUAGUGGGGACUACCUGCGCAUAUGGAGGGUCAGCGACACAGAAACACGUCUGGAAUGUUUACUGAACAACAACAAGAACUCAGACUUCUGUGCUCCCCUCACAUCCUUUGACUGGAAUGAAGUUGACCCCAAUCUGCUGGGCACUUCCAGCAUUGACACCACCUGCACUAUCUGGGGGUUGGAGACUGGUCAGGUGUUAGGACGAGUAAACCUGGUCUCUGGACACGUGAAGACGCAGCUGAUUGCUCAUGACAAAGAGGUGUAUGACAUCGCGUUCAGCCGUGCAGGCGGCGGCAGAGAUAUGUUUGCUUCUGUGGGAGCCGAUGGAUCCGUCCGCAUGUUUGACCUCCGACACCUGGAGCACAGCACCAUCAUCUACGAAGACCCCCAGCACCACCCGCUGCUCCGCCUCUGCUGGAACAAGCAGGACCCCAACUACUUGGCCACAAUGGCCAUGGACGGCAUGGAGGUGGUCAUCCUGGAUGUACGCGUGCCUUGCACUCCAGUGGCUCGGCUGAACAACCAUCGCGCUUGUGUCAACGGCAUCGCCUGGGCACCUCACUCGUCAUGUCACAUCUGCACUGCAGCCGACGACCACCAGGCUCUGAUCUGGGACAUCCAGCAGAUGCCGCGCGCCAUUGAGGAUCCCAUCCUGGCCUACACUGCUGAAGGGGAGAUCAACAACGUGCAGUGGGCGUCCACGCAGCCGGACUGGAUCGCCAUCUGCUACAACAACUGCCUGGAGAUCCUGCGUGUCUAAAAGCCACGGACACUUGGAUCAAGAAGCUCCUUCUUGUUUCAGAUUUAAGAACUUGAUUAUUAGUCCUCGUCCCACUGCUUUUUAAGACAAGGAUGGGCUCACGAGUGAACUUUCUGAAUGUGUUUGGAGUAUCUCACACACACACACACACACACACACACACACACACCAACCCCACAAUAACCUGGAUUACAUUAUGUCCCAGUUCUUUGCUCCACUGUUCUAUUAAACGUGUUUUAAGCUCCUAUUUAUUUUUGCUCACAGAGGUAGUGUUCAGAGGAUUUGAACUCUUGAACAGUUGUCUAUGAAAUUAAGAUUUUUAUACUUCUUGGUGUGAUUUCAGCCAGCUGUGAGAUUAUGAUGAAGGGUUUAGAUGUUGUGCAUUACAUCUGUUUGAGUUGUAAAGGUUGAUACAAACUACUGUAGGCGGCAGAAGACGACCUCUCUAAUGCGUACGAAUAUAUCGUAGCCUUGCGCCACAUCAUUGGCUAUUCAACAAUCAGUAUAUUAUGGCCUUGUUUACCCCUGCACACUUUUUCAAAUGGGUCGACAUACAAUAUCCUCCAUCCAAAUAAUCAAGGCUCAAACUUGCAACUUUUGUCAUUUGUAAAAUAACCAGAGGGAUUCACUGGUGGCGUCACACGGCGUGUUUUAGUUUGGCUGGUGACGUUGUGAGGCAGCCAUGUACAGAAACACUCAGAACCUACCAGAGCAAUGUCGUUCAGCCUUUUCUAACUCUACUCUACUCCCUCUUCUCCUUCUUUAUUUCGAGAAGAUUGUGCUCUGAAAGCUGUUUUCUUUGUGUUUUUAGAGUGACUUGUGAAAUGGGAUGAGCGUGAAACAACUUUCGGACUGAGUCUGCCUCUUUUUGUUGUUUUCAAUAAUUUAAAAAAGGGUCAUGUCCUUGUAGCAUGCCAUUACAAGGCACACGUGUACAUAUAAAUAUAUCAACUGAAGAUGUUGGUAAGACGAGUGUUCAUGUUGUAGCUUUUUCAUAAAGUUUAUUAUUGAAUUUGCUCUAAUAAAUUGUAUUCCUCCGUGUUCUAGGAACAAACUUGAUGUUUUCUUCAUUUUGUGGAGUUACCAGCACUGUUGUCUUUGUUAUGGAGGACAGACAAUGACACAUCAAUAAAUAAAUACAGAAACA